CCAUCCGCACAGAAGUCUCGAGGGCAGAUACCAUGGCAAAGGCCUGUCGCAAGAUUCCUUUAUUAAUUUCUCGAUCUUGCGCGCCAACUUCCCCGCUACUUCCACAUCACCUUUUUCCUUCACUUUGUCUGAUACGCAGACACUAAAAGAGGACGCUAAAUCUUGGACUCCCCGGAGGCUUCAUUUGUCAAAUUUGGAGGGCCGAUUCCCAGCUUUCUCAAAUUAAGCUGUGUACGACGAUGAUCCAAAGAUAGUGGAGGUCCUUGUAAGGGUGAGGGAAGGCUUCAAACUUUGCCUAUAAAAGGAGAUCCACAGAGAACGCUAGCAUUUGUGAGCGGGAGCAUACAAGUGAGGGAUCUCUGCUUUCGUUCCAUCUCUAUAGCUUUUCAAGCCCAUUUGCACUGUUGAGACCUCCGAACGGGUCGACAUGGAUGGAAAAAUGAGAUGGUCAGUGGCUGAUGCAGUGGAUUACAAGGGAUUUCCUGCCGACAGAUCCAAGACCGGCGGCUGGGUACCUGCAGCUCUUAUCUUAGUGAUUGAAAUAUCUGAGAGGCUGUCAACGAUGGGAAUCGCCGUCAAUCUCGUGACAUACUUGGGUGGAACAAUGCAUCUUCCGAGCGCAGAGUCUGCCAACGUUGUAUCAGAUUUCAUGGGCACUUCCUACCUGCUGUGCUUGCUUGGAGGGUUCCUAGCUGAUUCCUUCUUAGGUCGAUACCUCACAAUUGCCAUCUUUGCCAUGGUCCAAGCAUUGGGGACGGGCACGCUCUCUGUGGCGACAAGGCUGCCCCAACUUCGGCCGCCGCCAUGCAACUCUUCUACCACCACUACGUGCCAACAUGCCGACCGGUUCCAGAUGGGCAUCCUCUAUUUGAGCUUGUUCGUGAUCGCCUUGGGCACUGGGGGACUCAAAUCAAGUGUGUCGGGUUUUGGGACCGACCAGUUUGAUGAGAAGGAUGAGAAGGAGAAGACCCAGAUGGCCAACUUCUUCCACAGGUUCUUCUUCUUCAUCAGCACCGGCACCCUGCUUGCAGUCACCGUCCUAGUCUACAUACAAGACGAGGUAAGCCGAAGCUGGGCCUACGGUAUCUGCUGCAUCUCCAUGCUUGUCGCCAUUGCGGUGUUCCUGACCGGGACGAGAAGAUACCGGUACAAGAGAAGCGCCGGUAGCCCGAUCGUUCACAUUCUUCAAGUUGUCGUGGCUGCAGUGAGGAAGAGGGGGCUCGAGUACCCGUCGGACAUUGCUCUCUUGUACGAGGAUUGCCCUGAGGCCUCGAGAAUCCAACAUACCGACCAAUUCCGUUUUCUCGACAAGGCUGCAAUCAUGGCGGAUGGAGAUAAUUACGUAGUAAACGGCGGGACCUCGACUCCAAACCCCUGGAAACUGCGCUCGGUGACCAGGAUCGAGGAGGUGAAGAUGAUGAUUCGACUGCUUCCGGUGUGGACUACGACGAUCAUGUUCUGGACCGUAUAUGCUCAGAUUAUCACAUUCUCUGUGGAGCAAGCAACGACCAUGGAGAGGUCGAUUGGUAGCUUCCAGAUUCCAGCUGGAUCGCUAACAGUCUUCUUCGUCGGGGGCAUUCUGAUCACUCUAGCGGUCUAUGACCGCAUGAUCAUGCCCCUGUUAAAGAACUGGAAAGGCAAACAAGGCUUCACCAACAUACAAAAAAUCGGCAUUGGCCUCACCCUAUCGAUGAUAGGGAUGGUGGCUGCGGCUCUUGCAGAGGUGAAACGGCUCUCGGUCGCUAGAGAAGUAGGUCCUGCUGCCGCUCGCAGGGGUACGACGCUGCCCGUCAGUGUUUUCACAUUGAUCCCGCAGUUCUUCCUUGUGGGCGCCGCCGAGGGAUUCGUAUACACCGGCCAGCUCGAUUUCUUCAUCACCCGGUCGCCGAAGGGGAUGAAGACGAUGAGCACCGGCCUCUUCCUUACUACCCUUUCGCUUGGCUUCUUUGUCAGCAGCUUCUUAGUUUCGAUCGUGAAGAGCCUGACGGCCGGCAGAGAAGGGAAUGGGUGGCUCGCGGACAACAUCAACUAUGGGAGGUUGGAUUGCUUCUAUGGGCUUCUCGCGGUGCUGAGCGCCGUCAACUUGGGAGCUUUUCUCCUUUGUGCUGCACGGACCAAGCCACAGACCCCAAAGGCCGGGGUGCAGAUGGAGAGUAAGGUGAAGAGUUCGUCCAUAGAUGAGGAUGAUGUGUGCUAGCUAGAGAUGGGCAAGGCUACGAGGCCAUUUCUUGCUGCUUAAUUUUCAUCCGGCUCGUUCUCUGUAUAAUAUCAUAGGUUUGCUUUAAUAACUUUCCCCGCCUGCUUGAGGUUGUACCAUACUCUCUUGAUCUUUAUAAGGAGGUGCCUUGCGUUUGGAUUUUCUUUUUUUUUUUUUUUUUUUUUUUGAGUAAGUGUUUGGCUUUCUUGUGCGCGCGCGCAGAA